AUGUCAAUGAUGAAAUUGCUGGUUUUUUUUCUUGUAAUCAUGUUUCUACCUAAGAUGCUACUUUGCGUCCUGUGUCUGUUCCUUGGCUGCCUGACUCUGUCUGAAGGAGGACAUCUCAACAUCAGCUGCAAGCCUUGUGUGUGUAGUGUGGCAUCCAAUGGAAAACUUAUCGCCAAUUGUUCGGACAAACAUCUAUCUUCCAUCCCCGAAACGAUACCAAAUUCAGUAUCAUACCUGUGUUUGUCUCAUAACAGAAUUAAUCCUCUGCCAGGUCGUUCGUUUCAACGGUUCACCAUAUUGGAACAUCUUGACCUAUCCUUCAAUCAACUAAGAACUUUGCAAGUGGACACUUUUAUCGGAGCUACAAACCUGCUACAACUGAGUCUCCAUGGAAACAAUCUUCCGCUAAACGAGACAGCAUAUCCAGAGGGGAUAUUCAGACAGCAGAAAAGAUUGCGUACCCUGAACAUUGAACAGAACAGCAAGGUCGCAGAUUCAGUGUACCCAGAUAAAGCUCUUGGUGAUCUUACUGCUCUUCGGACACUUGUCAUUGAUUGUGUACGUAAUGCCACUUUUGGGAAUGGAUUUUCGAAAUUGAAGAAUCUUACUAAGCUUACGGUAUCAGGGGAAAGGGGCAACUGUUCAAUUCAGAAGCUGCUGAAUACAUCUUUCCUUCACAUUCCAUCUGUCAGGUACCUGGACAUCAGCAAAUGUGGAAUCUACUCUAUUGAAACAAGUGCAUUUUGGCCACUGAGGCAUAUUGAUACUCUAGACAUCUCCAACAAUCAGUAUCUAGGAUUUGAUAGCCUUGGUGAAGCUGUAUAUGGGCUUCGGUUUUCAUCUCUAAGAGUAUUAAAGAUCAACAGGAUUGAGACAACAUUUGCCAUAGGAGUUCACAUAAAGCAACACAAUGUGAGGUAUUUCACUGAUCUUAAUGUAAAGGAGAUCUAUAUAGAUUCAAACAGAGUGGAACUGAUCGAUCAGGAAUGCAUCAGACUUUUAAAAACUGUGGAACUGGUAUCCAUGAAACACAACAGAGUGACAUUUGGAUCCUAUCUCCUGAGUCUGAAUGAACUGACAAAUUUACGUACAAUCUAUGUUGAAAACCAGUACGCAUCUAAUAUCCCUCUUGUUGAUUCUGGUACAGUCCCAACUCCCUCCGAGAAUCCGAGGCUGCCUUCAUCUGAGGCUCAACCAGUGGUUCAAUAUUCACGAAUAUGCACGCGUGCCUGUGAGGCAGAAUGUACCAAUAGCUCUUUGUGCUGGAACUAUCAUAAUAGUUAUUAUUACAAUGCAGAAUAUGAAAAAAACAUAAUCAUUGACUUAAGUAUUAAAAUACCGCUACCUCCAAAUGUAACAUAUGCAAAUGUUAGCAACAGUAAAUUGAACUAUCACAUUGGUGAGCUCAACUUUAAUAGAAACCAACUUAGAACAGUCGAUUUAUCCCACAAUGUCUUUACAAGGUGGAUAGGGCCAUUACAUGAAUCUCACACAGUUGAAUACCUGGAUCUCUCUGACAAUUACUGUACAUAUAUAGCUCCCUCAUUUUUCAUGUUUGCUAGUGGCCUAAAAAUCUUAAAUAUAAGUAGAAAUUACCUCUCAGUGGCUCUUCAAGCGGACAGAAAAGGGCGGAUAUUGUUCAACCAAACAAACUUGGAAGUACUAAGAAUCUCAAAUAAUCUUAUUCGGGAACUGCCUUCAUCAAUAUUCAAGAGACUUACCAGACUUCAGGUUCUUGAUUUAAGUUGGAACAUGAUGACCUCUUGGACUGUUGAGAUUAGCCACAUGACGCAGCUCCAUACCUUAGACAUAUCUGAAAACAGAUAUGAAGACAUACCAAUACAACUAACAAAUCAAAUUGACCAAAUAAUGAUUCAUAGAAACGACAGUCUUCAACUAAGCAUCAAGGACAAUAUCUUGAAAUGUGACUGUACGACACUGGGCUCAUUAGAGUGGAUUACCAAUCCAUAUAUUUCCAUAAAAGAACCUGGCAGUACACAAUGCAGAUUAUCAAAUGGGGAAAUCAUUACAUUUCUAGAUAUAGAAGACAUUAUAGUGAAGCUCCGGCUACGAUGUAAAAUUGCAAUUCCUCUGAUAUCCACAGCAGUGGUUGGAAUACUAUUUUCAAUGUUCAUAUUUGGAGCUGGUAUGGUAUACCGAUAUCGAUGGAAGCUGCGCUAUCUAUACUACACCACCAGACGGAAGUACAGAGGCUACCAGAGACUGAGAGAAGGUGAAGACCAUUUUACUUAUGAUGCCUUUGUUUCCUAUGCUGAUGGAGACAGAGGGUUCGUUAUCGAAGACAUGCGAACUGUACUGGAGAGACACUAUGGCUUGAGGUUGUGCAUCCAUCACCGUGAUUUCAUGGUUGGGGAAGCCAUAACUGCCAACAUCAUCAAUGCUAUUCAGUCAAGCAGGAAGACCAUUGCUGUUUUGUCACCGGACUUUGCAAAGAGCGCCUGGUGUGACUAUGAAGUCCACAUGGCUAAGCUGGAGAGUAUCCACACUGGCAGAGACGUCCUGUGUGUGUUGUGGUAUACUGACAUACCCGACACGAGAAUCCUCAGUAGAGAUAUCCGGGACCAGAUCAAUUAUGACACCUAUAUUAAGUAUCCAACAGUUGAAAAUGAUAAAAGGGAGUUUUGGGAGAAGAUCAAAGCUGCAGUUAGCUUCUGAGAUGGUUGCAUAUGUCUCUAGAACGUUCAGCAGAAUGGGUUUGAGCAUUGUACCUAUAUUAGAUGUGAUCAUUGAAGUGGGCAUCAGUUUCUCGGAUGUCAUCAGCAGACAUGUAAUCAGUUCCAUAGCAAUAAGAUGUAAAUGUGCACCUCGCGUGAAUUGCGAGUACAGUGUUACUCAGUUAACUUGAAAUUCUUCAUUGAUAUUUCAGGUAGCCUAGUGGUUAAAGCGUUCGCUCGUCACGCCGAAGACCCGGGUUCGAUUCCCGACAUGGGUACAAUGUGUGAAGCCAAUUUCUGGUGUCCCCCGCCGUGAUAUUGCUGGAAUAUUGCUAAAGCGGCGUAAACCCAUACUCACUCACUCACUCACUCACUCACUCAGUUAUGGGACAUUUGUGCAUCUCCCCAAAUGAACUGAAGGUUAAAACCAUCUACAUCUGAAACGAGUCAUAUGCAUUUCCGGAAGCACCACUUGAUAUACCACUUGAUGUCUCAGUGUACGCAUGAUGCUGGUUGAACAGCGAAUGCUCAAACAAUCAGUGACUUCCAAGUGUCUUGAAGUAAUGCGAUUGGCGACAAGCUGACGCGUGUAAUUAUAUACGGAUCCUUCUGGAACAAAGCUAGCCAUCCAAUUGGCCAGUUAUCACUUGUACAAACCCAUCAAAUUGUUUGUUGAUUUCCGAUAAGCCCUCGAUUCGAACAAGCUCUUGUGGUAUUCAUUAAUGAAAAAAAUGGAAUACAUAGUCGUUUAUUUGUGGUUUUCAAGGAUUUAUCCUUCCAGUUCAGUAGGCUGUCAGGAUAUCAAAAACUCCUCUUACAGAUAAUACGAAUUACUGACAGCGUCCGACAGGGCUGUGUGUUGAGUCUCUUUCAGACAAAGGAUAUUGCUGUUAGGUUAUUUGUCAACAUUUGUGUUAAUUAUAUACCUACACAAUCUCUUAAGUAAUAUAAAUGACUGUGAGUGAGUGACUGAGUGAGUUGGGUUUAACGCCGAUUUUAACAGUAUUCCAGGUAUAUUGCGGCGUGUCAGCUUAAUGUGGGAGGAAAGCCUGAAGUAAUGCA